AUUAAAAAUAAAAGAAUGCUAUAGCAGGGAAGUCAUAUGGUAGGAUGCGGACAGGCCUAUUGGCUGAAGAGGAAAAAGAGGGCGUGGCUACAGCGGCGCGUGGGUUCGCUUGGGUGACACAAUUAUAACAACUUUAUCUUCUCGGCCGAAAGCAUUUUAUUGUCAUAUACUUACAUCUUGGAUAUUAUACAUAGUCAGUCACAUUUAAAUAGCGGGACAAUAUCACUUUGUGAUGAAAAAUGUGACGUUUGAAGAGCUACCCGGAGAGCGCUUCUGUCCCCCCCGAAAGGAUUUACUAUAUCGAAUCGCAUCUUUUCAACCUGGGAAAAAGUUUUUGAUCAUUUUGUUUUCUUCAGUUUUUCUUCUUUGAUUCGGCGGAGCAAGCCGUUUGUCCCCGCGUCGCGAUUUUCCAUGCAAUCGUGCGGUGUGUCUCUCGCCGUUGCUGCCUGCGCUGCUGCUCGGAGUCUCCGCUCGGCUUCUUCUAGUGGUGAUGAGGGAAAGAAAAUGGCGGCGGGAAAAGCGAGUGAAACAGAGGAGGACUUUCCGACACUGACAGCCCAGGAGAGGGACAGUUUGGUCGGGAUCGACAGCUCACUGUUUGGAUUUCAGAAGCUUCAUGAAGAUGGCGCCAGAACGAAGGCCCUGUUGAUGAAGGCUGUUCGCUGCUACGAUUCGCUCAUCCUUAAGGCCGAGGGCAAAGUGGAGCCUGAGUUAUUCUGCCAGCUCGGCCACUUCAACCUCCUCUUGGAGGAUUACCCGAAAGCAUUAUCGGCAUACCAGAGGUACUACAGUUUACAGUCAGACUACUGGAAGAAUGCUGCCUUUCUGUACGGCCUGGGAAUGGUCUACUUCCACUAUAAUGCCUUUCAGUGGGCAAUCAAAGCAUUCCAGGAGGUGCUGUACAUUGAUCCAGGGUUCUCCCGGGCCAAGGAGAUCCACCUGCGGCUGGGUCUCAUGUUCAAGGUCAACACAGACUAUGAGUCAAGCCUAAAGCAUUUUCAGCUGGCUUUGAUUGACUCCAACCCCUGCACUUUGUCCAAAGCUGAGAUUCAGUUCCACAUUGCUCAUUUGUAUGAGAUUCAGAAGAGAUACCGAGCUGCCAAGGAGGCCUACGAGAGCCUUCUGCAGACUGAGAAUCUCCCUGCACAGGUGAAGGCCACUACUCUGCAGCAGCUAGGCUGGAUGCAUCACACAGUGGAGCAGCUCGGGGACAGAGCCAGUAGGGACAGCUAUGCCAUCCAGUGUCUGCAGAAAUCUCUGGAGGCUGACCCAAACUCUGGACAGUCCUGGUACUUCCUUGGCAGGUGCUACUCUAGUAUUGGGAAGGUCCAGGAUGCCUUCAUCUCCUAUCGGCAAUCCAUAGACAAAUCAGAGGCCAGUGCAGAUACCUGGUGCUCUAUUGGGGUGUUGUACCAGCAGCAGAACCAACCCAUGGAUGCUCUGCAGGCCUACAUUUGUGCCGUGCAGCUGGACCACAGCCACGCCGCCGCCUGGAUGGAUCUGGGCACGCUGUACGAGUCCUGCAACCAGCCCCAUGAUGCCAUCAAGUGCUACAUCAACGCCACACGCAGCAAGGGUUGCACCAACAUUGCCGCGCUAACCCAUCGCAUCAAAUGCCUGCAGGCCUGUAAGCCCAAUCACAGUGCAGAGGGCGGGGCCCCAGGCCCAUCUCUGCCCCCUCACGUUGGCUCAUUGGGCCAAGCAGAGGACCAGUCGUGCCCAGCCAAGAGGAGGAGAGCCUCUAGCCCUGCCAAGGGUGAUUCGUGGGCCAGUAAUCCAGCACAGCAGCCAGUUCCCGGCUGGUACCUCUCACCACAGAAAUUACAGAUGCUGGAACAGCUGCGGAGUAACCGGGCCAGCCUGAAGCCCCCGCAGCUUCAGAUGAUGGAGCAGCUGGAGGCUCAGCUCGCCAUGAUGCAGCAGCACCAGCACCAGAUGAGACAGAAUGCUUCAGGAGGUCAGGUGCGCCCCUCUCUCCCCAAUGGCCCCACCACCAACUCCCUCCCCCCCCCCAAUCCCAGCCUGCAUCCCACCCGGCCCCACCUGGGACCCCACCGGCCCCUGUGCCCGCCUCAGCCAUUGGCCAACGGGCCUGUGGGCCCUGGGACACACAGACCCUCGGACUCCCUCCCUGUGGGUGAUAACAGUAAUAGUAAUAAUCAGCCAGGGCCCUCAGCCACAGGACCCAACGGAGACGUGCCUUACCUGCAACCCGCCGGCAGCGGCAAUGCAGCACUGCUACCUCACACCUGCACAAGCGCGCAAACACAGGACGCCACACCGCGCCAGGCCCUGCACCUAAACUCCUCUCAGGCGCUUCAGAAGGGGUCUGUUCCACAUGUGACGGGUUCCAGCAGUGAGGGGACCCCCUCCCACCCCCAGACCCCCAACUCCACCAACCCUGUGCACCCCAGCAAUCAGGUUGGACAUUCCACGAACGCCCCAUCGCCACAGCAGCAGCUUCACAACCGCCUUCCAUCCCCUCCCUCCCUCCACCUCUCCUCUACCUCAGGUGGAGCAGCACCAGAUGCGUCUGCUACCAAAGAUAGCAACACCACAACUGCACCCCUCGGCAACGGAGGCUCGGAGGGCAAGACACCAUCGCCACUGGUAUCGGUUGAUGGCAAAACAGCACAGGUAGACGGCCUAGCCAAUCACGUCCACUCGAGGGAUGGCGGCAAGGUGGCAGAAAGUGGCGAGAAGCAAAGCCUUAGCGCAGACAAUCCUAGACUAUCUGCCCUGCUGGCAGGGGGGAAGGGCCUUGAGGAGGGUGAGGGACCUUCACAAGGGACUGCAUCCACCACGCCUGAGUCCCACAAGAAAGUCAACAACAUCCACCCGGCUGUCUUGCCCUCCACUCCCCACACACAGGGCAGCUCGGCUGCCUCCUCACCCAUCUCUGCUAUGUCCACUGCAACACCUUCGCCCAAAUCUUCAGAACACACCCAGACAGGUGCCCACAGCCCUGCCACCACCACAUCUACUGCACCGGCUGUGAAUGGAAAUGGCAAAGGAGGCAUCUCUGAGGACUCUCAAAGCCCACUGAAGGCUGAGCCGCCCAUCAUUAGCAGUGUCAAAGCUACACCUCCACAUGGACACAGCUCCUCCUCGUCAUCUUCAGUAUCCAUCUACCCCAGCUCCACAGAUGUGCUGAAGGCCUGCAGGAACCUGGGAAAAAACGGCCUGUCCAACAGCAGUAUCCUCCUCGAUAAGUGCCCCCCGCCUCGGCUGCCACCUCCACCCUCACCAGCCCUGCCCAAAGACAAGCUCAACCCUCCUACACCCAGCAUCUAUCUGGAGAACAAGAGGGAUGCUUUCUUCCCCCCACUGCACCAGUUCUGCACAAAUCCAUCCAAUCCAGUCACUGUCAUCAGAGGACUGGCUGGAGCUCUCAAACUGGACCUGGGUCUGUUCUCCACAAAGACUUUGGUAGAGGCCAACCCCGAGCACCUGGUGGAGGUCUGGACUCAGCUCUCUCAGCCUGCUGAUGAAAAUUGGGACCCAACCGGCACCAAGAAAAUGUGGCGCUGUGAAAGCACCCGUGCCCACACCACCAUCGCCAAAUACGCCCAGUAUCAGGCUGCUUCCUUCCAGGAAUCACUACGGGAGGAGAAUGAGAAGAAGGCACUGAAGGAGCCCUCGGACACAGAGCCAGCAUCAGCAGAGAGUGCUGCACGCAAAAGAAGGGGACCCUUAAAGCACAUCAAGUUUGGAACCAACAUCGAUGUGUCGGAUGAAAGGAAGUGGAAACAGCAGCUCCAGGAACUCAGUAAGCUGCCAGCCUUUGCUCGAGUCGUGUCAGCUGGUAACCUGCUGAGCCACGUGGGCCACACCAUUCUGGGUAUGAACACGGUUCAGCUCUACAUGAAGGUCCCUGGGAGCAGGAUACCAGGUCACCAGGAACACAACAACUUCUGUGCCGUCAACAUCAACAUUGGACCAGGAGACUGUGAGUGGUUUGCAGUACCAGAGCCCUACUGGGGAGUGAUGAGCAACUUCUGUGAGAAGAACAACAUCAACUUCCUGAUGGGCUCCUGGUGGCCCAACCUGGAGGACCUGUACGAGGCUGACGUGCCCGUCUAUCGGUUUAUCCAGCGCCCAGGCGACCUGGUGUGGCUCAACACCGGCACCGUGCACUGGGUGCAGGCCAUCGGCUGGUGCAACAACAUCGCCUGGAAUGUAGGACCCCUCACAGCGCACCAGUACAAGCUGGCUGUGGAGCGUUAUGAGUGGAAUAAGCUCCAGAGUGUCAAGUCCAUGGUUCCCAUGGUGCACCUUUCCUGGAAUAUGGCACGCAACAUCAAAGUGUCUGACUACAAGCUGUUCGAGAUGAUAAAGUACUGUUUGUUGCGGACGUUGAAGCAGUGCCAGCGGGUGAAGGAAGCCUUGGCAUCAGCUGGCAAGGACACAGUGCUGAGACCGAGGACCAGGGACGAGCCGGCUCACUACUGCACCAUCUGUGAGGUGGAGGUGUUCAACCUGUUGUUUGUGCGCCGCGAGCUCCUGUCCAAGCAGCAGUGUGUGGUCCACUGCCAGGACUGUGCCAGGAAAGGCAGUGCCACGCUGGAUGACUUUGUGGUGCUGGAACAGCACAGGAUGGAGGACCUGAUGCAGGUCUAUGACCAGUUCACAUUAGCUCCUCCUCUUCAUUCAUCUUCAUCUUGACAUUAGGUGACACCUCUUUCUUCUUCUGCUGGCGAGCCAUGACGCCCAUUCACAGGAACUUGUAUUAAGAUAAUUAAAAAAAAAGAACAUAAACAUCUACAUACACGGACCAUUUCUGAUAUUCAGGAAAGCCAAGGCCGUCCCCACCACCCUCACCACCGCCCAUCCCGUAUGGCUGGUCUCCAUAGCGACGGCUGGAGGCUGAGUGUGUCUGUCUAUGCAACCUGUUUUGAAGUGCUGGGGCCUGGCCCUUCCAGAGGGGGGCGCCACCAAGCUCGCUAACAGGACUCAUUUCCCCCCUCCUUCCCUCCUCUCUCUGUCCUCUCUAGAGACAAUGGUUCAGCCCUGUUUUAAUGGAGGACUUCAUCAAAAAUGGUUGGGAGCAGGGGGAUGAGGGGGAGGAGUGAUACAAAUGAUUUGUAGAUAUUUGUUAACUGUCACAACUGGCAACACCACCCGUAAAGACUACUGACUUGACAACUUUCUCCCCCCUCUCUCUCCCCCUUUUUCUUGUUUUCUAUUCUGGCAACAGGAUGAAAUGUUGGUUUUGAUUUAUAGAUUUCCCCCA